GAAUCCGCCCAUCCAAGGAAAUGAGGGCUUCCUGUUGUUUUAUAAAGCCUUCCUGCAAAAAGGUUGAGAUAUGUAAUCCCUACCCAGCAGAGGAGGCGAACAGAGCAUUGUCAGGCACAAUGACAGCAGCUACUUUCUCACCUAUGUUUUCUAGGUGUUUUGUGACUCUUCUCCUUUGGGGAUGCACAACUGUGGUUUGUCUGGUUGAUGAAAAGUUAGCGAUACAGCCCACCACAACAACAGGGUAUCACUCAACAGAAAUGAUGGCUGAAAAUGCCACUUAUGGAGAGUCAACUAUUCCACUAGCUCAUACAGCUUGUGGGAAUAAUUCUCACAGUUGUGAGGACUACUGCGACAUCUGUAUGGCUUUUGGUGGAUCAUUAAUGGAUUGCCUUUCCACACUGUUUGAACACCUAUGUCUCCACAAUUUUAAGGGAGCCAUGGCAUCAGUAAACAGCACUGACUGGUGCAUUUGGGGUAAAGUGAGAGGCAUGUAUAGUAACAUGAGCCACUGCACUGAGGAGAUAUCUGACUGCCUCCUGAUCCCAUGGCCCAACCCUCUGGUGGAGCAGACCUUUGUGAACAUUCACUCCACAUUUUUCAAGGACUGUCCCUCAGAGGAGCUAAGCGACCCUCCACCAGCUAUCGUCUUCGCCCUGGUGAUAACUCCCAUCUGCCUGAUCCCUGUCAUGGUUAGCCUUGUGGUGCUCAAGACUAAGAAUGGGGACGGCAGCUCCUGAAAAUCCCAAAUCUCUGCUCCGCUAAAUAAUUAUUCUAAGAAUAUGAUGUAUCUCAACCACAGAACCACGGUCCAAUCAUGCAUAAACCACUGCCGGACUUUUAUUUCUCUAGUAACUGUACAGAGGACAGAAUUCUUUCUGACAAGUUUACAACUACAGAAACUUCCAUGAUUUAGCCAGAGAGGAAACCUACUGAAAGGAUGACACGUAUUUACAGUGAACAAGGCUCCUGGUGUUAACAGAGACUCACUUUGAUAAAAUCUAUACUAUUAUACAUUUCUGUACCAUACUGUGAAAAAGUUUGUAUUUAUCUUCCUGACUUGACAUUUGAACAUUUAUAUUUGGGUCACAUUCAAUUUGCACAGAGGGAAAACAGUUUGAUUUUAAUGUAGAUCUUAGUAUUCAGGGUUAUGAUAACAGAAGCUCUAAAGCUUGCCAAAUAUGUUUGUGCUGACCCUUCCCUUAACGUUGGACAGCAGUUGCGUCUAUAAAAGACAAGGUAAUUUUUAUUACUGAACUUCUGAGCUCUUCUUACUCUUCUCUGAGACACUUAUUAGACAAAGUACAACAUGUAUGCAGAGGAUAUGUACAACAUUACAAGUCUGAAUUGCCUAAAAGUAUACACUCAUGUCUGAUCCUGUGCAAAGGGAGGCGAGGAACAUGAGUAUAGUUUGAUGCGUGGAUUUGGUUAUGUUAGUUGUAGCGUGUAACACCAAGGUCACACAUGGGACACAAUGAGAGGGUACGCCCAGUGAAGGAGAUCUCUUCCUGGUAUUGUCUAUAUUUGAGAAGAAGCAAAUCCUUCUGCACUUUCCCUCUGUCCCAAAUACAACAAUCCUCAUGAUUGCACGAUAAGCGAUAAACUCCACAAAGACAAAAAGACUUAAAAUAGUCUGUGCUGAUGAAGACUGCAACGACAAGAGGAUAAAAAUGUUAUCCAUCGCCUGAUUAAUGUGGUUGUGCAUUGUUCGCUUUUAAAUGACGAUAAAGCCGUUGUGAGGGCUUUCAGAGCUGGAACAAAAUGUGUAUUUAUAUACUGUGUUAUAUUUCUGCCAUUAUCAGGACUUUAAAGACUUACUGUACUAUCUGAGGGAGAACAGUCUGCCCGCUCUCACUCAAUUUGCUGAAUGUAUUUUGAUAAACUUUUGAUAUAUUUAUACAAUUAAAUCGACAGUUACAUUAUUGGCUGCUGCUCUUUCCCCUUUGACACCACCGAGUAAAUGCAAACUGUAGAUUCAUAGUCAUUAAUUCAUAAUUUAAGUGGACUGCACUCAGUUAAGCUCGUGUUCACAAGAUUUUAAAGUUAAAGCAUAAUUCAGUCAAAAUGCCCUCUAACCUCUGAUAGUCUUUGAUGAAACACUCGGUCCCCCUGAGGAUCGUACAGAUGGCUCUGCUUUGAGCCUCAGGUAGAGUUUCAGUGUGUCUUCUCAGGAUGAGCAGCACAUUAUGUUGUCCUGCAGUUGCUAUGCUGCACAUGUGCUGAUAUGUAGUGAAGGAAGCAGUGACAGCAGUCAUGUAUCACACCCUCAUCUGGCAAAUGCAACUCUGCAGGGUGGGCCUCAGUUUGCGUGUGUGUAUGUGUGCAUGUGUGUGUGUGUGUCUGGCAGGGAUGGGUGGGAAAGUGUGUUUGGUGACCUUUUUCCUCUCUAGAUAUCGGGUCAUCCUCGUCCACACCCCCCUCUGAUCUCAUUCUGUGUAACUCCUUAUUGUUAAAGCAAACUAGGACAAAAAACAAUAUUCUUGAUGUUGUUAUGCAAAAUUAAAAUAUAAACAGCAUAAGCUUGGUCUUAUCUUUUCUCUUUUUGGUCA